GCCCGGCGGAGAGGGGCAGGGUCACGAAUCUCACGUCUCCUUUGAGGCAGUGAUUCAACAAGAGGAAACGCUUUAACAAAAAAGGAUUUUCCCAUUCAAACACCAGCAGCCUUCAUUUCUAUAAAUAUAUAUGAUCUCUCUCGGCUCGCUGCUGUUCUUCAACGACCACACUUCUGCUGCUGCUGCUUAUAGGAGCUCCAGGUGCAUCAGUGUGGACCAGGUGAACGACACUGUCGACAGGUUUGAGAGGAGCUUCAGGGGCAAACCUAGGCUUUCUAAAAACCUGCACGACACGCGAACGUGCGCGCAGGUGGCUGCAGAAAUGCGUGGAGAACUGAGCAACCGCUCGCUGUCGCCGUGGAAGUACAACCUAACCCAAGACCCCAACAGGUAUCCUUAUGAGAUCCCCAUUGCUGUGUGUCUCUGUCAAGGCUGCAUCAUCAACCAGCGUGAAGACUUGAGCUACAACUCUGUGCCUGUGUUUACUCAUGUGAAGGUCCUGAUGAAGACUCUGUGCCCACAAAACAAGACAAGUGAAGACAAAUACACCGUCAAAAAGUAUUUUAUAGAAGUCGCUGUGGCCUGCACUUGUGCUGUGCCCAAGUACGCUAAAUGAUCCAAGAAACUAUCGAUGCUGAUUCUUUAUUAACCAAGUUUACCAUUGACAAAAUAAUUUGGGAUUUAUGUAAUCGAUAAAGGUGCCAAUAGUUAGUUAUUUAUCACAGCUCUACUGUAUGUAGAAUUUCUCAAAUAUUAGAUUUUUUGGUUAAUUUAAACUCUUUGUGCUUCAAACCUUUAGGAGGCGUUCACAGAUCUGUUUAUUUGAUUAGUGUGAACCCUGUGUACAGUGCCAGGGCACAGUUUGCCGAUGUGUACUCGGGUAUAAUUCGGAAUUGAUAUUGUCUCCAAAACAUAAACAACAGUAGAGGUAAUGCGAAGGUCGACUCCAUUGUACGGACUUAGGAUCUUGACAUUACCGCGCUCUUCUACACUGAAGCCACAACAUGAACAAUGUCACGUAGAUGAUGACGCAAGUGUACUUGUGUAUGGAACAACACUACUAAUGUAAAAGCUGAGCGACUGGGGGAACAAUCGUUUUCGGGUACGGUACAAAUCAAUCGUACUUAAUAUUAUGAUACUAUAAUGCCAGAUUAAUGCAGUGCAGUAAAGAGUACAAUAUUUCCCCUGUGAGAUGUGGUGAAGUAGAAGAAUAAAACGGAAAUGCUCAAGUACAAGUACCUCAACAUUGUAAUUAAGUACAGUACUUGAGUAAAUGUUCAUUUUGACCACCGGCACCUCUAAAGAUCACUAAAUGACCCAUUAUAUCUUAUUAACUGUUGCUUCAUGUUAGCGUUAGGGUUCUCGAUCUUGAAUAAGUGUAUUUAACAAUCUAUAAAAUAGUAUAAUAGUAUAAAAUUGUGCAUUAGGCAAAUGCACAAUAUGUACAAGUAACACACAGGUUACAUUAAUCUUUAAACCACACUUUGAUUAAUUACUUUGAAUAACACUCUAAACUAAAGCAUCAAAUCUCCUCAUUGAAGUUAUGUGCUGUGUGUUUCAUAUGACGUAAGCUUCGUUCGGCUAAAUGUGAAGAUUUUCAGUAUACUUUUUACAUUUGUUAUUUUUAAAGUUUUUGUUUUUAUUUAUACAGUAUUCAAAUGUAAUUAAAAUGUGAUCACUGUGAAUUCACUUGUUUGUUUUAAAACUGUGAAUGUUAGCCUCUGCUGGAUAAAGGGUGUAAGACACCUCUGCAGAUUAAACUGUGACCAGUGUGAUGUGACGACUAGUUUAGAUUUAUUAAUACAUUGUCUUGCACUGUGGGACAGGAGGCAUACAUUCAGAAGGAAAUGAGCCAGUGAAGUAGUUGAAUUAGAGUUUGUUAUCUUGUCUUUUAUCACUUGUGAAAGCACAAAGGAGCCUCAUUGACACCUGUGCUGCUGCUCGUCUCUUGAAAUAUUUAUUAAACUCUGUCCAUGUUCUUCUUCAUCUACACUUUUUUACUAUUUACCAAAAAAAUAAAAAGGUUUC